AUGAGGUCCCCAACGGUUGCAACACUGGUGUUGGGAUUGGCUCUUCUCUGUCAAUUCAUCACGAGUGGUUAUGAGAUGCUAACUAUGAAGCGGAGCAUGGUGACAAUCAGUAUGAAUAAGGUAUGGCCCUUCUCGAAUCCUACAGAGACCUACCGUUAUUAUGAUCUUCCCUUCUGCCAGCCAGAGGUUAUUGGGACACAUUGGAUGAGUUUCGGGCAGAUCCUCAGAGGGGACAGACUAGUGAAUUCAAUAUACAAGUUUCAAUUCGGGAUAGAUUUGCCAAAGACUCAAGUAUGUCAGAAGACUUUCACGAAGGAAGAGCUUGAGGUUCUCAAGGCGGCUGUGAAGGAUAGCUACAUGUUCGAGAUGUUCGUAAGUCUAAGCUAUACAUCUCUUUUCUCUCUUAGGUAUUUCUUAUUGAACUAUUUCGAAUUUAUUAUGGGCUAUAAUAACGAUGCAGUGGUAUCGGUGAAUAUAACAGCAGACUUAGACCUGCAACAUCUGAUAGAGAUCACCGAUGUUGAUGCUGCUACUAGGAAGCUGGACGUACCAUUCUAUUAUUCAGUCAAAUGGGUCGAAUCUCCUAUUACCAAAUCCGAGGCAUUAGAGAUGCAAUUGAAGGCUGCAUUGAUGUCGGGUUCUGACCAACCCAUCGAGAUUCAUAUAUUGGCCAUCAUUAACUCCUUCGUCCUCGUUAUGCUCAUACUAUCAUUGCUACUACUCGUUAUCAUAAGGGUUGUUCGAUCGGAUCUCUCACGUUAUCUGGCUAUACCCGAUGAUGAGCUGGCAGCUAUUGAGGAGGAAACUGGUUGGAAACUACUCUAUGCCGAUGUAUUCCGACCGCCGGCCCAUAGGCUAUUACUAUCGGCAGCGGUUGGUGCUGGGACACAGCUAUUGCUAGCCGUUGUCCUAGUCGUAAUGGUUGGGUGUAUUGGUUUGUAUUAUAGGAGAGGAGCUGUGAUGACGGCAGGGAUCAUCUCAUACCUCAUCACCGCGGCAUCAGGUGGAUAUGUAUCCGCAAGACUAUAUAACUCUCUAGGAGGGGAGAAGUGGGCAUGGAACAUCUUCGUAACAGCCAUUGCAUUUAUGGGCCCUACUUUCGCUAUAUGGACGUUCCUUAAUACCGUUGCUAUAGCGUAUAAUUCUACUGCAGCAUGGCCCUUGGCUACCAUACUCUUCAUUAUUACUAUUUGGGCAUGCGUGACUUUCCCUCUGACUGUGAUUGGGGGAAUCGUUGGAAGGCAUAAGUCAAUGAAAAAGAAGACUGAAGCUGGAGGCAACCUAUUCCCUUGCAAGACCAAUAAGCUUGCUAGAGAGAUACCAUCUUGCCACUGGUAUCAGAGCUCUACUUGCCAGAUGUUAGCUGCUGGCUUCCUACCCUUCUCUGCUAUCUAUAUUGAGCUUCACUAUGUCUUCAACUCGGUAUGGGGUCCUAAGCUGUAUACCUUUUAUGGUAUACUCCUGUUAGCCUCAUUAUUAGUAUUCCUCGUGGCUGCUGCUGUUACUGUCCUCUUCACGUAUUUGCAUUUGAAUGUAGAGGACCAUAGAUGGUGGUGGAGAUCCUUCAUAUCUGGUGGUUCAGUGAGUGCCUUUUUUUAUGUCUAUUGUUGCUACUACUAUAUCCAAACGAGCAUGACAGGUCUUCUACAGGUAUCAUUCUAUUUCCUCUAUUCCCUCAUUAUAGCAUAUGCAAUCUUCCUUAUGCUGGGUACCGCCAGUUUCCUGGCUACCUACUACUUCGUCUGGUACAUCUAUUCGAGAAUUAAGGUAGAUUAG